AUGGAUUCGAUUAUUCCGGGUUUGAUCGAUGAUUUGGGUAGAGAGUGUUUGAUUCGAGUACCCUUUUAUGAACUUCCAACAGCAACAUCUGUUUGUAGAAACUGGAAGUAUGAAAUUAGUGUGCCGGAGUUUAUCCGGCAUCGAAAAGCGGCCGGAGUAGUCCGGCCGAUUAUUGUGUUAGCUCAAGCUCAGUAUGAGGGUCCGAUUCAAAAUUCUGAAUCGGACCCUGCUGUGAAGGAGCAUCCAUCUAGGCCCACGUACCAGCUUUCGGUUGCAGAACCAAAAGCUGGGGUGUGGGCCCAUUUACCCCCAAUUCCUGGGCAUCAUGAGGGAUUGCCCAUGUUUUGCGGGUUAAUUGGGUCUGGUUCAGAUCUUGUUGUCGUGGGAGGGUGGGACCCUGUGACGUGGAAGGCCUCGAAUGAUGUGUUUAUGUACAGUUUUUUGUAUGGCGGGUGGCGGAAGGGUGCGGAUAUGUCAGGUGUAAGGCGGUCCUUUUUUGGAUGCGCCGCAUCUGACGAUGAUCGGACGGUUUUGGUUGCUGGGGGACAUGACGAAGACAAAAACGCCUUGAGUUCCGCGAUGUUAUAUUACGUGGAAGAGGAUAAGUGGGUCUCACUACCCGACAUGUGCCGACCACGUGAUGAGUGUAAAGUUGUUUUCCACCGUGGCAAGUUCCAUGUCAUCAGUGGUUACCCAACGGAUAUGCAAGGGUGUUUCCAGAGGUCGGCCGAGGUGUUCGAUUGGUCCACUUGGCAGUGGGGCCCGGUGAUCGAGGAGUUUCUAGAAGAAGGUUCGAGCCCCGGGUUGUGCGUGGCCGGUCCUGACGGGCGUAUGUACUCGUGCAUAGGAAGGCGAAGUAGUGAUGUGGCAGUCUACCAAGGCGACAAGUGGCAGGUAGUCGCGGAGGUUCCUGCUGACGUGCGAAGCUCCCAAUGGUUGGGUUCUUGUGGCGAUAAGCUGGUAGUGAUUGGGUCUCCAAAAUUUGGUGAAGCGCAUAGUGGUUAUAUGUUGGAUUUGAAGAACUAUAAAUGGACUAAGCUUGAAAUGCCUACAAAGUUUUCAAGGCAUGUUCAAUGUGGUUUUGUUUUAGAACUUUAA